AGUAUAGAAAACCCAAGUGUAUACAUAUAUAUAUAUAUAUAUAUAUAUUAAGUUACCUCCGUUGUUCGUCGUCGUGUGUAUUGUUUAUUAAUAUUUUUAUUUUUUUUAUCGUUAUGCCGUGGCGUAAUUAUCACCGCGGUACGUGGGCAUAGUCCGUUAUGUAAUGGUUUGGGGGAAACGACGAACGGUGUUCAAUCCAACCGCAAUCGUGCGGUGUUUCGAAAGAGUUAAUUAGAUUUCUGGACCGUCAAGAACUACGUUUAAUAUGCGGCACUCUUGAAUGGUGACACGCUGUUGGAGUGUGUCUGCGUCUGAGUGGUUAUCACUGAAUAUUUGUGCUAACAUGGAGGCGACGUUUCCUGGGAAAUAAAUAAUAUAUUUCCAACCAACAACGCCCCGUGGACGGGAUCGAUUUUCCUGUCAAUGCAAGCUAUUGUAAAAAUAUAAAUACCACCUCCCUUGUUGCAUACAGCAUCGAUUUUCGCCAUGCAUUAUUGUAAAGUACGUGAAAUGCAUGUCAAACUCCUCAACGUAUUUUGUUCCGGGACUCUUUUUGUUUUCGCACCCUCAACGAAAGCCUGACGUUUGCAUUGUACUACGACGUGUGUUUUAAAGUUAUUCGAAUCUUAAACGAUAGCAUCAGCCACUCGUUCGGUACUUUAUAUAUUUCGCCGUACCGACGACCGUUGAUGACAUCAGAUACCAAAACGAUGAUACUUCGAGUUAAAGUAUUAAAUAAGAUUAUUUUUCGAGAUAUUUGCGGCGUCAGCCAAAUAUCAAACAAAUUGUUACCUUCUACUGACCGAUAAAAUGCACUGGCUUUAGCAUUUUCGCUAUAAUGGAGCCAGAACAAGAUCGGAACGGUGGUGGCACCACCACCACUAUAACCACAGUCGCCAACGCCAAUGACACCGCCAACGUCACCACUACCACUACCGCUACAGUCUACGGCGACCAACAGGCUGUAGAGGCUGCGCUCAAUGAGUUCAUCGAUAAAAUUACACCCCGCAUAAAUGUGCUAGAGAAUGAAGUGAUGUACGCAUGGCGAGCAUUGGACUUGUUAUCUGACGAAUACGUGAAAAUGUGGGAGCGUAUCGAAAAACUAGAGACGAUUGUUGAGAACCAACAAUCCGUUAUCGGGCAAAUGAUUGAAAUAUGCUCGGAACCGUCAACUUCAACUACAUAUAUGGGACCAUUAGAAGUCGGAAAUCGCCCCGCUUUAAGUAUGAUAUGGGAAGAAUCGGAAGGAAGCAAUAGUAAUGGUACCAAAAAACCUCCAGAACCGAAUGAUGGAGAUUACAGAGCGUACGAAGAUCGGUUAUUAGAUGACGAUCCGGACAAAAUGGAUUCUGUGGAAUCGGCCAAGGAGAUAUUCGAAAAUAUCGAACAAAUGGAAAGAAAUAUGCGGCAGCUGUACGCUGAGGCGCAGUUGGAUAGUUGGAACGACGAGACGGAAAGAGCAGCGGCUGCUCUCGAUUUUUAUCCGCUUAAUAAACCACAUACGAGCACGUCAUCAGUGGGAAACCUACAACAUCACAUAUAUCCGUAUACGUCCACAUCUAUUCGAUCGCUUCCCACAAUUCCGAAAUGUGAAGAACCUGGAUUCAGGUCACCGACAUUAUUUAUAGACACACCGUCGCAGUCUAAUUACUUGGAUCACUCGUAUCACCCUCAAUCUCCUCCAGGUAGUCCGCCACCUCCAGCGCCUGAGGAUCCAGUAUUCUCUAGAUCAUUAUCGUCCGCUUUGUCAUUGAGCCUCCGUCAAUUUCAUGAUUCUACCAAAGAACUGAAUUCAAUUCAUCAAUUUCACAAUUCCUCUAAAAAUUUGGAUACCCAGCAACAGUUUCACAAUUCCGCCAAAGAAUUGGAUACAUUACACCAACACCGAACAGGUGCUAUGGUUGUGGCCAACAAAUCCGAUUCUGGUCUAUCAUCGAUGAGCGGUGGAUUGUUAUCUAGUUUCGAAAAAUCUCCAUGUUCACCAGGCAAACGGGCAUUCGAUCAAUCUUAUCAAAUAUCUGCGGUUGCUGGACCAUCCGGAUUAACGGUAGUAACGUGUGUAACUACUACAUUCGAAACGGAGUACCCAUAUUAUGAUAGGUCUAGUGGAGUAUACUCGACCGCAGGUCAAGGAUAUAAAUAUCAAACAACUAACGCACAACAACCGUCCAUUUCAAAUGUACCAGACCUGUUGGACGUAAUGUCGUAUAAAGAAUACAAAACUCCAACGGAUAGACCAUACCCUGGUAUAACCGAUGCAUUGUCUUAUUACCCAAGUACCAAAAACGAUACGUAUUAUGGUAGAGAAAACGAUAGAACAGAUAGUAACCAAACACGGUAUAGAUAUGUCACGACACCUAACUUUCAGAUCCGUUGUGAAGAUGACGGAACAAGACGAGAAGAAAAGGCGAAAAAAUCUAAACGUAAUAUUAUCAAAUCAGCAAUGAGUUCAGUUAGUAAUUCGAUGAGCAAUUGGUUUCCCGAUGUGCACUUACCACAACGACAUCGAUCUCAUUCAUUGCCUGGAGGCUUAGAAAGAGAACCCGAUGAGGAUUCUGUUCACAGUGAGACAGCAACAGUAUCAAAACCACGUGGCUGGAACACUCAGAAGCAUGGUAGUCGUAAGAAAAAAAAAUCAAUUGUGUCUACCAUGUCCGGAUUAUUACAUAAAACCACCAAAUCAAAUCGAUUUCAAAGUUCCUAUUCGAUAUCUGAUCCAGAGUUUGCGGAAAGUGAAUGGACUCAGUUUAAAGCUGGAGAUAGAACAAUACCACCAGAAACACCCUUGAGUUCUUUAGAGCCAGCAGCAAGUGGAACUGUGGUACACCAUCAGCAACACCAGUUCCAGCAUCAACAGAUCCACCAACAGCAACUUCAGCAGCAACAGCUAGUCCAACAACAAAUUCAGCGGCAACAGCAGAUGCAACAACAUAUUCAACAACAAAUUCAGCAACAGAUGUUGCAACAACAACACCAACAACAACAACAGCAACAGCAGCAACAACAACUGCAACAACAACAACAGCAGCAGCAACUUCAUCAGGAGGUAUUACAGAAGCAACAACAAGUGUUACAAAAUCAGCAAAUCAUACAGCAUCAACAACAGCAGCAACAACAAUCAGAAGAAUUGCAGGAACAGGUUAAUGAAAUCCAGUUGCCAGCUGAAAUGUUUAAUGGCCCAACUAAAGAAUUUGCUGUAUCUCGAAAGUUGAGUAAAUACAGAGAACACUGUAAACUUUCAAACGGAGUACCAGAAGGCGAACCUUUAUCAACCGUAGAAAAACGUAACAAAUCAUUGGAAGAACAGCCUGUUAAAUCUAAUGAAGAGUUUGUACAGCCACCAAAUAUGAGAAAUCUUAAAAUGUCAUCUAGACAAGCAAGUUUAGAAGUACCCUGGGCAGGCAAAGGGUCAGCUGAUACUGAAGACGACAGUAGGAGUAAUCAUUCAUGGAGAAGUACGUCUAGAAUAUCAUCAAGAAGACAGAGUACUGAAGAAAGUAUUGAUAGUGAUGAUGAAUGGUAUUGUUAUGAGCUAAAACAACUAGAAGAAUUAGAAAAGAAAACCCAUUUUGAACGAGUAUUUGGACCCCCAAUGUUACCUCCACCUACUACUCGAAGUGAGUCAUCUAUACUUGGAUCUAAGGUCGAUUUUAAAGAAAAAAUGUAUAAGACCAAUGAGGAUAUAAGAAAACAAUCCAUGGACGAAUCGUUCAUUGAAGACGCUUUUGAAUCAGAACCAUUAGAUACAGUCAUUGAAGAGGAACUACCACAAGAUGACGGACUUAUAAGGUUUAAAAAAAUGAAAGUGCCGGAUACUCCCGGUGGCAAAAAAGAUAUUCCAAGUCAAAAUCUUGACCUGGAACCGGAACCGGAACCGGAAACGGUUGACGAACAAAUAGUCGUUGAAGAGGACGAAAGUCCCGGAACACCAUCCUUGCCCAGGUUUAAAUUUGAUAAAAAUGAUUUAGUUGAUAAAGAAGAGGGUGUCAGUAAAUGGAAAAUCGUGAAAGCACUCAAGGAGAAAAAACCCGAAGAAAUAAAUCAGGAUAUAGGACCUCCUCCAACUCCAAUUAUUGAGAAUGGAAGAGGAAGUGGAGAAAAUAUCAACAGAGCAAAUGGCCACCCUGGAGACAAUCCAUUUUAUAGCAACAUUGACAGUAUGCCAGAUAUUCGACCCAGGAGGAAAUCCAUCCCUCUUGUCUCAGAAUUGGUUCUCAAGACAAUGGCCGCCACAAAAAGAAACGCUGGACUGGCAUCUGGAGUACCACGUCCAACACUCAACGACGAAGAGCUGAAAAUGCACGUGUAUAAAAAAGCUUUACAAGCAUUAAUUUAUCCAAUAUCUUCGACUACGCCACACAAUUUCGUCUCGUGGACUGCAACUUCACCGACGUAUUGUUAUGAAUGUGAAGGACUACUGUGGGGUAUCGCCAGGCAAGGAGUACGAUGUACUGAAUGCGGGGUCAAGUGCCACGAGAAGUGCAAAGAGCUCUUAAAUGCUGACUGUUUGCAAAGAGCAGCCGAAAAAAGUUCCAAACACGGCGCAGAAGAUAAAGCAAUAUCAAUUAUACAGGCCAUGAAGGAUAGAAUGUUGCAACGCGAACGAGAUCAUCCAGAAAUUUUUGAACUCAUCAGAUCAGUAUUUGGCGUGGAGGAGAAAAGCCACCAGGGUCAUAUAAAAGCAGUGAAACAAUCGGUUUUGGAUGGUACUUGCAAAUGGUCAGCAAAAAUAGCCAUCACAGUAAAAUGUGCUCAAGGGCUCAUUGCUAAAGACAAAAGUGGCACAUCAGAUCCAUACGUAACUGUUCAAGUAGGUAAAGUUAAAAAAAGAACGCGAACUAUGCCUCAAGAACUCAAUCCAGUUUGGAAUGAAAAAUUUUAUUUUGAAUGUCACAAUUCUUCGGAUCGAAUAAAAGUCAGGGUAUGGGAUGAAGAUAACGAUCUAAAAUCGAGACUUAGACAAAAAUUAACCCGAGAAUCUGACGAUUUUUUAGGGCAAACUAUUAUCGAGGUUCGGACGUUAUCUGGAGAAAUGGACGUUUGGUACAAUCUUGAAAAAAGAACUGAUAAAUCAGCGGUAUCCGGUGCUAUUCGAUUACAUAUCAAUGUAGAAAUCAAAGGAGAAGAAAAAGUCGCUCCCUAUCAUAUCCAAUAUACAUGUCUUCACGAAAAUCUAUUUCACUCGUUGUGUGAGAACAACGCUGGUAUAGUCCAUCUACCUCAAGCUAAGGGAGAGGAUGGAUGGAAGUUAUACUUUGAAUCUCCCGCUCAAGACAUUGUCGAUGAAUUCGCUAUGAGAUAUGGCAUAGAAUCCAUUUAUCAAGCAAUGACACACUUCCAUUGUCUUUCCACAAAAUAUUUAUGCCCGGGUGUCCCAGCAGUUAUGAGUACUUUGUUAGCAAAUAUCAAUGCUUAUUAUGCCCACACGACAUCUAGUUCCGCAGUUAGCGCAAGUGAUCGGUUUGCAGCAUCGAAUUUUGGAAAAGAAAAAUUUGUUAAGCUGCUCGAUCAAUUACAUAACUCACUUAGGAUAGAUUUAUCUAUGUACAGGAAUAACUUCCCAGCGUCCAGUCAAGAAAAACUAAUGGACCUUAAAUCAACUGUAGAUUUGUUAACUAGUAUUACAUUUUUCAGAAUGAAGGUUCAAGAACUAUCAAGUCCACCGAGAGCUAGUACUGUUGUUAAAGACUGCGUUAAAGCAUGUCUAAGAUCGACUUAUCAAUUUCUUUUUGCCAACUGUUAUGAUUUAUAUGGCAGAGAGUAUCAGACUGAUCCAAAUGAGAAAAGAGAUGAAGAUACGGGACCAAAAUUAGACGACUUAGGAUUUUGGGAUAAGCUUGUAGCACUCGUUGCAUCCGUAAUUGAAGAAGAUCGUAAUAGUUAUGCACCUGUUCUUAGUCAAUUUCCAGCAGAACUGAAUAUAGGACAGCUGUCCGCAGCCACGAUGUGGAGCUUUUUUGCGGUAGACAUGAAGUAUGCGUUAGAAGAACAUGAAACGCAUAGACUUUGUAAGACUUCAGCAUACAUGAAUCUUCAUUUUAAAGUAAAAUGGCUAUUUACUAAUUACGUAAAGGACGCACCGCCAUAUAAAGAUGCUAUACCCGAGUACCCAUCGUGGUUCGAACCAUUUGUUAUGCAAUGGCUAAACGAAAACGACGACGUAUCUUUAGAAUACUUACACGGAGCUUUUAACAGGGACAAAAAAGAUGGGUUUCAAAGAAGUUCGGAACAUGCAUUAUUUUCUAACUCUGUUGUGGACGUAUUCACUCAGCUUACACAAUGUUUUGGGGUCAUAUCAAAAUUGGAAUGUCCCGAUCCCGAGAUAUCUAAUCGAUACAUGAAAAGACUUGCAAAAACAAUUGUCAAAGUGUUAUUGGCAUACGUAGAUAUAGUUCAGAAAGAAUUUGAUGCCAAAGAGUUAGACGAAAGAACGGCUUGUAUAUUAAUGAACAACAUCCAACAAUUAAGAGUGCAAUUGACGAAAAUGUUUGAAUCUAUGGGUGGAAAGCAAUUAGAAGAAGAUGCUACAGAUAUUCUAAACGACUUACAAACACAAUUGUUGAAAGCCCUAGAUGAGCUAUCUGGGAAAUUUGGCAAAAGUUUGGAACCACAAAUAAAAAAGAGCGUCAAAGAACUUGGUGAAUUAUUGCAAAGUAUCAAAGGUGGAAGCCAAAACCCUCAGCAAGUAUCUAUGAUGGAAGUAGACGAAAUAUUGCGGCCAUUGAUGGAUUUGAUGGAUGGCUCCCUAUCAUUAUUUGCUCAGACUUGUGAGAAGCCUGUAUUAAAACGAAUUCUUCGUGAGUUAUGGAAACUCGUAAUAAGGAUAUUAGAGAGAUCAGUAGUCCUACCUCCAAUGAUGGACAAAAGCAUGAUAUUAAAGAACCUCAGUGAAAAUGCUAGAUCACUAGCAGCGAAUGCUAGAAUUGAAGAUAUGUCUAGAUUAAUUAGAAACCAUAUGGCUGGAAAGCAAGAUGUUAAAAAUGCUUUAACAGGAGUUAUGGAUAUGGAAAAGAAUUUGAAUCCUAAGCAAUGUAGAGUAUUAGAAGCUGCACUGAAAACCAUUAAGACUUAUUUCCAUGCUGGAGGAAAUGGACUAAAAAAGAAAUAUUUGGAUAAAAGUUCAGAUCUCUUAUCUUUAUGUUAUGCUUUAUCGCUUUACACAAGAUCUACAGAUGAACUUAUUAAGACAUUUGUACUGUCUCAAUUACAUCAAGUUCCACAAAAAAAUGAUCCUUUACCUCGACAACCAUCACUCAUGAGUGGGACUGAAGUCAAAGACGAAAUGGACGAAAUGGAUUAUGAUGAAGAUGAUGAAACUGAAGAAGAAGAAGCAUUAGAUGAAGCUGAAGAAGAUGUAAAAUCAAUGGGAAGUCGAAUGGAAAAAUUGUUUGAAAUUUCUAGAAGACCCUUGCAAGAAAACUACGUAUACGAAGAGCCCUAUGGAGAAAUUUCUAUCAACGUUUAUAUUGAAACUCAUCCAACGAAUAACGAAUUUAAGCUAACCGUAACAGUGGUUGCUGCCAACACGUUGGUCUGGCCGACAACUGGUAUGUUUCGUCCGUUUGUCGAAGUUAACCUUAUUGGACCAAGACUAGCGGACAAAAAGAGAAAACAGUCGACAAAGAGUAAGUCGGGUAGCUGGAGCCCUAGAUACAACGAAGCGUUUGUCUUCUCAAUCAGUGCAAUUGAAGAUCUGGAAUGUUACGAACUGCAUUUUUGCGUGAAAGACUACUGUUUUGCCAGGGAAGAUCGGCUAGUAGGUGUAGCGGUCUUACAGAUGCGACAUGUUCCCAUAAUGGUCCGCACGGGUGAAUGGUUAGGACUCGGUAGACGGAUACAAAUGAAUGAGACUGGAUGGACGAUAUUGCGGAUACUUUCACAAAGGUAUAACGAUGAUGUAGCUAAAGAAUUUGUGAAGCUAAAAUCAGAAACCAGACAGGAAGACCAAUCGUCCGUGCAGGGGUCGUAAAUAUAAUAAAUAACAUGGGUAUUCAUUGCCGACAGUCUUCCACUGGAAAAAUAUUCAUAAUAAGACUAGUUAAACUAAUUAAAGUUACUGUAAAAAGUAAAAUAUAAAAAAAAACCCCAA